AUGUUUGCUUCUGUCCUUGGUGGUCUCCAUAAUUGCAUGGAGCACAUCAAGCGUUUCGACGUCCAACGUGGACGCCACUCGGGGCUUAUCAAGCCCCGAGAUACCAUUAUACCGAUUGCUGUCGUCAGCAUUCUGUUUUUCUUGUGGGGUUUGGCCUAUGGCCUAUUAGACAUCAUGAAUUACCACGUCAAAGUGGCGAUGGGUAUCAGCCGCGGGCAGGCUGCCGGGCUCGCGGCUGGUUACUAUACGGCAUACAUCCCCGGUGCCCUCCUCAUCGGGGGUCCCUUGGUCAAGAAAUGCGGCUAUCGAGUCGCCAUGGUUGUCGGUCUCUUCCUUCUUGCUUUUGGCGACCUGAUGAUGUCGUUCGCCGCAGGGGGUUGCAGCCUUGCAGGCAUGGUGGUCGCCCAUUUCAUCGUUGGGCUUGGUGUCUCGACUCUGGAGCGCUCGGCAAACCCAUAUGCCGUCAAUUGCGGUCCUCGCGUGCAGGCAGCCUUGCGCAUCUUGGUUGCCCAGGCGUGGGCCGGAAUUGGAACGGUUGUGGCUCCCUUCUUGGCCAACGCUUUCGUCUUCAACCCGGACACGUCGUCGCAGGCACCUGCCUCGGACCCGGUCCACCCGGGAAAAUGUCUGAUGCCGGUUGAAAACAAGGACACCUCUUGCUCCAACCUCAGCUCGGUCAUCACGUUUUACCGUGGGGUUGCAGGUGUCAUUUUCGGCCUCAGCGUGAUCAUUGCGCUCCUCUUGUUCCGCACCAAGAUGGUGCCUGAGGUGGAAGUGCCACUGCCUCCGGCUGUGGAAUGCGGCUGGAAGAAGUGGAAGCACCCUCUGGUCUCGUGGCGGUACUCUCGCGUGUGGUGGGGCGUUGGCGCCAACUUUUUCAACCUUGGCUGCCAGGUGACCUUUGCUCAGUUUUUCAUCGAGCACAUGAAGGUCAACGCGUGCGCCAGCGACGCAUGGGCUGCCAUUUGCAUGUCCAUCGCACAGUCUGCCUUUGUCGUCGGGCGGUUCACUGCGGCCGCAGCUGUCUCCACGCCCAAGGUCAAGCCUCGGUUGGUCCUCGUCGCCUUCAUCGGCGGUGCUGUCGCGUUCACCGCCGGUGGCACUUCGGUCACGGGCACGGCGGCAAUCGCGUUGGCCGUCCUGGUCAUGUUCUGGGAAGCACCCUCGUUCCCGAUGAUCUUCGAGAGUGCAACGGCAGACUACGAGGAGUGGACCUCGACCUGUGAGUCCCUCAUGAUUCUCAGCAUCUCUGGCGGCGCCGUACAGCCCGCGCUGAUGGGUCAGCUGGUCGAGUCCGUUGGCAUCUCUGCCGGGUGGUGGUUGACCGCGGGCUGUUUCUUGUUGGUGUUCACAUACCCUCUGGCCACGAAUGUGAUCCCGUCGUACAGACGGGCGGUCGACAGGGCGGUAGUGAAUGCUCCUGGCCAAGGCUCCCCCGGCGAUGAGGAGCAGGCAAAGCCGGAGCAUGGCCCGGUGGAAAUGGUGCCCACCAACAGCAACAGCAGUGGGCAGAUUGAGGGCGUUGAGCCCACCUUUGAACCCCCCGUCCGGCCCAAGUACAACGGGGGUCUGUUUUCUCGUGGGCGUGGUGGACGGCCGUGAUGUUGUUCAUACUCACGCCGUCAUUUUAUGAUUUGGGACUGAUGAUUCAUGACUACUUUUGCAUGGGUUAAUGAGAGCUUUUG